CAUUACCGGAAGCGCUCCCCGCAAGCCUUGCCCAGUCCCGCUGUUCCACCGGCGCGCACGCGCAGCUUUUCACCGACCCGGAAGCGGCUGGCAGGGAGCGAACGUCAAAAUCGGCCUCUGAGGGUUUUGAACUUUCUCUUUUCUACGUGAGCGUCUCAGUCCCCAGGCCUACACCCCUGGGACUUGGGGUCUCCACGCACAUUAGAGCCCCCUCACCCGCGUUUCCCACCGUGGUGGGGAGCGAGUUCUGCAGGAAGAGGUCGGAACACUCACUUGCUGGUCUCCAUGUAGCAGUUCACUGUCCCUGAAUCCCUCCUGGGGCAGUGGGCAGUAGAGGGCUGUCUCCCAUGUGGGGGGAUCUUCCUGUGUGUGUGGUUGUGGCACAGAAAGGUGUAUGUUGACUGAGUUCUCAACAGCACACAUUUGACACUCAGCAUUGACGUCUCAAGACCCAUCUUGCCCGGGAGAGAAGCCCAGAGGAGGGAGAGGAGGAAAGCCCAGGAGUCAGGAAUGACUCUUUCUCAGGGACGGUUGACCUUCAGGGAUGUGGCCAUAGAAUUCUCUCCGGAGGAGUGGGAGUGCCUGGACCCUUGCUCAGAGGGCCUUGUACAGGGACGUGAUGGUGGAGAACUACCGGAACCUGCUCUCCCUGGACACAGUAAUUUCAACAGAUCUCCCUACCAGUUUGCUGAAUCUUCCUUCCACGUCAUUAGACCUGAUAUUGAACCUCUCUAUGAAACUUUCAAUUCAGAUAUCUCUACUAGAUGUCUAAGGAAAGAAUUACCACCAAAAGACAACAUUAAUAAUGGAGAAUUAUUCCAAACGUUGAUUUUGGAAAGACAUAUAAGUCAUGACUUUGAUGACUUUGUUAUGAGGGAAGUCCAGCAAGAUGUGAACAAACUUGGGACUCAGUGGUUAUAUGAGGAAAAAAAUUACAAAGGAAUGACUACAUCCCAUUAUAAAAAUUUCACUUGUAGAGAAGACCAACAAUAUCACAAAUCCUGGAAUAAUUUCCCUGUAAAGCAUAGUGUUUCCAUAAGAAAUAGUAAAUCUCAAUAUUAUAAACAUGAUACGACGAAUAAGGCACUAAAAUACAAGGUAGGCUCUUCAGGAAACAAGCAUAGAAACUGUUCGGACAAUAGGCUUGGAUUAAGCUUUCAUUCACAUCUGGCUGAACAGAGAUUUCAAACCCAAGAGGAGAUUCAUGAAGGUAAUCAAGUUGAGAAGUCUACCAAAAAGUCCUCAGUUUCACCCCUUCAAAGAACUCCUUCUAGUGUCAAAACCAACAUUUUUAACAAAUAUGGGAAGGUUCUUACGCAUUCUUCAUUACAGACAGAACACCAGAAAACACCCAAAAGAGAAAAACCUUACAAAUGUAAAGAAUGUGGGAAGACUUUCAGCCAUUGCUCAACCUUAGCUACUCAUCAAAGAAUUCAUUCUGAGCCGAAACCUUACAAAUGUAAUGAGUGUGGCAAAGUCUUUAACAGGUUUUCAAACCUCACAAGGCAUCAGAGAAUCCAUACUGGAGAGAAACCAUAUAAAUGUAAUGUAUGUGGUAAGGAUUUUAUGAUACGUUCACACCUUUGGGGGCAUGAGCGAAUUCAUACAGGAGAGAAGCCUUACAAAUGUAAUGUGUGUGGCAAAGCCUUUUCUGAGUGUUCAAAUCUUGUUCAACAUAAAAGAAUCCAUUCUGGAGAGAAACCUUACAAAUGUAAUCAGUGUGGAAAGGAAUUUAUCACCCGUUCACACCUUUGGGGUCAUGAGAGAACUCACACUGGAGAGAAACCUUACAAAUGUAAUGAGUGUGGCAAGGCCUUCUCCGGGAGUUCAAAUCUUACUCAACAUAAGAGAAUUCAUGCUGGAGAGAAACCCUAUAAAUGUAAUGUGUGCGACAAGGCCUUUAGUCAGAAUUCCAGCCUUACAGUUCAUCAGAGAAUUCAUACUGGGGAGAAACCGUACAGAUGUCGUGAAUGUGGCAAAGCCUUUAAGCAGUAUUCAAGCCUGAGUAGACACCAGAAUAUACACAGAAUGAAGAUACAGAUGUAGAGCCUGUGGUAAGGCUUUUAUUAAAUGUUCUCAUGUUUGGAGUCAUGAAGGAGUGCAUACUGCAAAGAAACUUUCCAGAAGAAUGGCAUGGCCUUCAUGCCAUGACUUGACCUCAGGAAUCACCAAAGAUUUCAUGUUGGAGAAAAUU